CGGGCCGGGCCCGGGCCGGGCCGAGGAGGGGCUGAGCCGCGGGGGAUCCCGGAAUCGGCGGGGAGGUGGGGAUUCUGGGAGGAGAGCUCCAUUUCCUCCGGGCCGCCGGCCGCUCCUGCCACCCGCACCCCCAUGUCGAAGCGCCGCGUCCCGGGCGCCGCGCGCGGGUGCUGAGCAAGGCGGCGGCCGCCGCGCCGGGAGGAUGCUGGGCAUGUACGUGCCGGACAGGUUCUCCCUGAAGUCGUCCCGCGUGCAGGACGGCAUGGGGCUCUACACGGCCCGCAGAGUGACAAAGGGUGAAAAGUUUGGACCAUUUGCUGGAGAGAAGAGAAUGCCUGAAGAUUUGGAUGAAAAUAUGGAUUACAGGUUGAUGUGGGAGGUUCGUGGGAGUAAGGGAGAAGUUCUGUACAUUUUGGAUGCUACCAACCCACGACACUCCAACUGGCUUCGCUUCGUUCACGAGGCACCAUCUCAGGAGCAGAAGAACUUGGCUGCCAUUCAAGAAGGAGAAAACAUUUUCUAUUUGGCAAUUGAAGAUAUAGAAACAGAUACAGAGCUUCUGAUUGGCUACCUGGACAGCGACAUGGAGGCUGACGAGGAAGAGCAGCAAAUUAUGACAAUGAUCAAAGAAGGGGAAGUUAAACAUUCUAAAGGACAGUCAACAGCUGGCAGAAAAGAUCAUUUUGGCUGUAAAGAGGACUAUGCCUGUCCCCAGUGUGAAUCGAGUUUUACCAGUGAGGAAAUUCUUGCUGAGCAUCUUCAGACAUUGCACCAGAAACCCACAGAGGAGAAAGAAUUUAAGUGCAAGAACUGUGGGAAGAAAUUUCCAGUUAAGCAGGCUUUGCAGAGACAUGUUCUUCAGUGCACAGCAAAAGGCAGUCUGAAGGAUUCUUCACGAAGUUUUCAGUGCCCUGUUUGCAAUUCUCCCUUCAGUUCAGCAUCGAGUUUUGAGCAGCACCAGGAGACUUGCCGUGGCGAUGCCAGGUUCGUGUGCAAAGCCGACAGUUGUGGAAAGAGGCUGAAGAGCAAGGAUGCCCUGAGAAGACACCAGGAAAACGUCCACACUGGAGAUCCUAAGAAAAAGCUCAUAUGUUCAGUGUGCAAUAAAAAGUGUUCUUCAACAUCAAGCCUACAGGAACAUAGAAAGAUUCAUGAGAUAUUUGAUUGUCAAGAAUGUAUGAAGAAAUUUAUUUCAGCUAAUCAGCUAAAACGUCAUAUGAUCACCCACUCAGAAAAACGACCCUAUAAUUGUGAGAUUUGUAAUAAGUCUUUCAAGAGGCUUGAUCAAGUGGGUGCCCACAAAGUAAUACACAGUGAAGAUAAACCUUACAAAUGCAAGCUUUGUGGAAAGGGAUUUGCCCACAGAAAUGUUUACAAGAAUCACAAGAAGACCCACUCUGAAGAGAGACCAUUCCAGUGUGAGGAGUGUAAGGCUCUGUUCCGGACCCCGUUUUCUCUGCAGAGACACCUGCUCAUACAUAACAGUGAGAGAACUUUCAAGUGUCAUCACUGUGAUGCUACCUUUAAAAGGAAGGAUACAUUGAAUGUUCAUGUCCAGGUGGUCCAUGAAAGACACAAGAAAUACAGAUGUGAGCUCUGCAAUAAGGCGUUUGUUACACCUUCCGUGCUUAGAAGUCAUAAGAAAACACAUACAGGAGAAAAGGAGAAAAUCUGCCCAUAUUGUGGCCAGAAAUUUGCCAGCAGUGGGACCCUGAGAGUUCAUAUCCGUAGCCACACAGGUGAGCGUCCUUAUCAAUGCCCUUACUGUGAAAAAGGAUUCAGUAAAAAUGACGGACUGAAGAUGCACAUUCGUACUCACACCAGGGAGAAGCCAUACAAGUGCUCAGAGUGCAGCAAGGCCUUCAGCCAGAAGCGAGGCCUGGAUGAGCACAAGAGGACGCACACCGGAGAAAAGCCUUUCCAAUGUGAUGUUUGUGACUUGGCUUUUAGCUUGAAGAAAAUGCUGAUCCGACACAAGAUGACUCAUAAUCCCAAUCGUCCACUGGCAGAAUGCCAGUUUUGCCAUAAGAAGUUUACAAGGAAUGACUACCUCAAAGUGCACAUGGACAAUAUCCAUGGCGAAGCUGACAGCUAAUGGGAGCUGUGAAGGAAUCGAACCAUUCAGAAGGGCUCCUAAUAUGAAACCCAGAUUUCUUGCACCUGAUUAGCAUAGCAGAAGUAGCCAAAAGCAAUUCACUGGUCUCGCAGUUCUUACUUGCCUACCUUUAGAGUCUGUGGGUGCAUAUGCAAAUGAAGAAAACAAGCCUACUCUGAGCAAGAAAUGGUACAAAUGGAAAAAAUAUAACUUGGUAGCCUUGUCAAAUACUACUUGUGCUCUGUCUUAUGAAAAUGGAAACAGGAGUCGUGGCUCUCCUCGGCCAUCUCUCUGUAAAGAAGUUUAUUAACAUAUUCCAUAUUAGGCCUUUUUAUUUUAUUGUUAUCUUUGCGGGUGUGUGUGCGCACACAUGUGCACAUGCUGGUUAUUGCAACUGGUUAUUACUAAUUUAGCUAGAAAGAAAUCAAGAUAUCCAACUAUUUCAUUGCAGAUAAGGAUAAGAGCAAGAGUUUUCAAAGUUUUUAGCAUAACAGGAUAAAACUGCUGUUUUGGGAAACAGACCAAAAGUUGAUCUUAUUUAGUAGCUCCCUACAGCAGGUCAGUUUAAAGUAAAGACAUAUUUAAGAACUAAAGCAUCUAUUAAAAUAUUGCUCAUUUUAGGCAAUUCUUAGGAAACGUUAUUUCCUGUCAUCAUUCAGAUGCAGACAUUCAUGAUCUGGAAUACUUUUAUAAAAUCUACAUAAAUAUGGCCAUAACACUUAAAUAUUCAUCAAGCUGGUGUUCCCGAGUUUAUGCUAGUUGUCUUUAGGAAUUAACAAUAUACGAAUGUGUACAACUAAAAAUGGAAACAGAAUAGACUCUCAAUAUUUGUUGACUGACAGAGCGGCAGCAGAAUAGUGGCAUUACGACAUCCGUUAUGAGGAGCCUAGCUAUUUCCCCUCGUUCCAUGAAAGUGCACAGAACAUGCUAGUGCAGACAUAAGAGAGCCCUCAGAGCAUUGACAUUCUGUUUUGCAAAAGCCGUUUUCCAGAAUCUUGGCAGUAGGUGAUUCUGAAACACUUUUAAAUUACCCUCAAUCAUCCUAUAUAAUUAGGAAUCCAGAAUAAAAAAUACAAACCUGGCAAUUGUCAUGAUUGAAAUUAUCACUGAAGCUUAAGGGAAAUUGAAGCAAGAAGCAUAAUUUCUUCCUUUACUAUUUCAGUAAAAUACUGGAGAGCAGCAUACAAUGAACAGCUUGUUUGGGGAGAAGAUAUGAUAAAAUGUAAAGGCGAUCUCAAAAGAGCAUAGAGGAAUCCAAAAACCAGAAAGAAAUUAGAAUGAAGCCUAAAUCAUGAACUUCUGUACGUGGAGCCCACUCAAAAGAGAGCAAGUAUAAUUUUAAGGAAUUUAUUUGUUCUAAUGAUUUAAGGAGAAAGGUUAUCUGAAGACACAGUUCUUUCAAGUGAGGAAUCUCGUUUCAAGAUUAUAUUGAUGCUCAGUUCUAGUUUUUAAAAGAAACAUGAAGAUUCAAUAUAGAUAUUUAAACUCUGUAAAAAUACUAAAUUUGAAACUUACCAGAGAUAACUUUAAAAAAUAUAAAUCCCCAGAUUAUAAUUUAGAAGAUAUCUAAGUGUGGUUAUAUGUAGCAUUUUGUAUCUGAAAUUAUAGACUUUAUUUUAUAAAAAAGAUUUUGUUCUUGUUUCUCGCUAUGUCAUCUGUUUCAACAAUAUAUUUUUAGAUUUAAAGUGUUUUCAAUUUGACAUGACACUGUG